AUGACUGGGCAGUUUAAUGAUAAAUACAUGGAUCAGCUGGAGUCCUGGAUUGGCACGGGACCCAAGAUCUUCACCCUGCUGUACCAAAUAACCAGGGACGGGUGUAACGCGACAACAUUCCACCAAAAGUGUGACAACCAGGGACCCACUGUGACGGUGCUGUACAACCAACAAGGAUCGGUGUAUGGGGUAUAUGGGAGUGCGAGCUGGUAUCUCGAGACGCUUACCGAGGAUAUCGUAUCGUUCAAACCUUCCGGAAAGCUUGGACUCUCAGAUGUCCGUAUCCUGAUGCUGGGUCCAGUAGGGACGGGCAAGUCGAGCUUCUACAACACCAUCGACUCGGUGUUCAAGGGCCGCAUCUCUCGAAGUGCCCCAUGUGGGCUUUCUACCAAUUGCAAAACUAUUGCGUACACCCCAUAUGAAGUGCAUGUGAUGUCUGGAGCUUCGUUGAAUUUCCGUCUCUGUGACACACGUGGUCUAGAAGUUACUCAAGGUCUUGACAGUGUGGAGUGUAACUACUUGCUAGAUGGGAAUAUCUCAGAUUUAUAUCAGUUUAACCCAGUCGCUCCAAUCAGAUCCGCCAACCCCGGGUUCGUGCAUCAACCAACGGUUGAAGAACAAUUCCACUGCGUUCUGUUUUUAAUCGACGCUGCUAAGGUGGGGGACAUACCACAGAAAUUAGUCGACAAGAUGCACAGUUUCCAAAAACGUGUUAUUCUGAAAGGUUAAAUGUAAGUUGUCUCCACAUUAUUUGUCUGACGAUAGUAGGGCGGGUUUGAUUGUACCUUUAAGUCCAGUUAUAGUUUGCAAGUAAACCGUUUUUCAUCUGCAUUUCAUUGCAAGAUAUUUCAAUAAAGUACUGGUAUUCGACUGAUAACAAAUUACUUCGAUUAACAUAUUUG